AUGCACCUCCGAAAGCAUGAUGAGGAGCUCGAGUUCCUCGGCUCAGUCACUUUUUACCUUAUAAUAACGCUUCUUGCUCUCAGCUACAUCUCCGUGGCUCUGCGGCUAUGGGCCCGCUAUCGAAUUACAAGGUCUCCUGGUUGGGAUGAUGCUGCCAUGGUGACGACGCUGCUGCUCUUCACCUGUUACUGCUCCUUCCUUCUUGCAAUCCGCGAUCGGACGGAGAGUGGGCGGUUCUUUGAUGCAGACAGUAUCCGCAUCACUCUAAUUUUUGUGCAACUCUCAGAGGUCUUUUAUAUUCUCACCACGACCUUUCUCAAAGUUUCGCUGGGACUGUUCUUCCUGCGGGUCCUGACUAAGAGAUGGCAGAGGCUCCUCUUCUAUGCCAUUCUCACCAUAGGCGUAGUAUAUGGUCUUCUCUAUUUCUUCGUGGCCCUCUUUCAAUGCGGCAACCCUGCACACAUUGCCGACAAUCUCUAUGCAAGCACGGCGGACCAAUGCUUGCCAGAGGCCAUUCACCUGACUGCGGGCUACAUCUACGGCAUCAUUAAUAUCCUCGCAGACUGGACGUUUGUCUUGAUUCCCAUCAGUGUCUUGGUGGACAGCGAUCUGGAUCGCCGAAGUAAGAUCAGUGUCAGCAUCGUCAUGGGCUUGGGCGCUGUAGGCAGCAUCAGCGCGGUUCUCCGGAUGGUGUACCUGAGAGGAUUGGACAUGACUACGCUCAGCUCAUUGAAUGAGCAAUCAGUAAAGGCCACCAUCUGGGCCACUGCCGAGCCCGGAACAGGAAUCAUUGCCGCGUCCAUCGCCAUCUUGCGGCCUCUUCUCCGCCAGGUCAUGUCCGAGGUCCGCGGCAGAGCUUCUUCCAUGUCGCUGCCUCGCAAGCUAUCGCUCAAGACGUCGGGCCGACCAUCUGACGCCAUAUCACUGAAGAGCCACCCGUCCAUGAUGCAGGAAGUCUCUCGAAUGGACAGGAAGAGAGCUACGCACAGCGUCAGCCGCGACGAAGACGAAGACGCAUGGAGCCCAAUGUUCAUGGUGUCGGCGAAUACGAAACGCAUGACGCUGGUCAAUGGGUGCAUGAGCCCGCGCACUGAUGGUAAGAUGGUUUGA